GGGAUCGCCGUCAGAUUUCGCUGUUCGCAAAAUGGCGGCUCGUCUUCGUCGACCUCGUCGCAGCACCAUGAUUCCAAAGUCAUGGAAACGGGUCCGCUAUUUCCAAAUUUGAAGCGGGUGGACGAGGAAACGGGAGACAUAGACAACAACUCGUACUACCACUAUUUUGCAAACGACCCACGGGGGCGGUUUGACGUAAACGGGACCACGACGUCAAAUUCUGGCUUCUACAGUGGCGAAAAUCUUGUCCAACAAGACCACCAGGAAAUCAGUGUCAACCCGUCUUUCACACCAGCUGUGGCGGGCGGGGAAAUCGAAAACGUGUUUUCAUCCGGACAACAAGUAUUCGGGGACGAUCCCGAUAUAAUCACAGGGAACUACGAGGAGAACGGUCAUUCUCAACAUCUUGAAAUCGAUGGCAGCAUUACUCCGGCGCAUAAUCACGGUGGACAGGAACAGCAGCAAACAUCCGCGCACCAGAACAACAGUGGAUCUUACCUCUCCAGUAGGAAAACAAGAGGAACCUCCAGCGCUCUUCACUCUCUACAGCACCACCCUUUACAGCACCUCGAGCUGCACCAGCAGAAAACUUUCAGUCAGAAAAACCCGUUCGGCUUCAUCCAGCAAAUCGAAAAAUGCCGCGCGUUCUCCACCCAACCCGGUGCAAUCGACACCGUCUGCUGCAAGACCAACGAAGGGCAGGUCGCGGUUCUGGCAGUCAGUUCAAGUUCAAGUACUACCGCUGACCAAGAUAUAGGAGAUGUAGAUCAUGCUGAAGAUGAAGCUGGGUUAUUUUCAAGCAGAACUACAUUGAGCGACGAUGAAGAUGUGGACUACGAUGUUGAUUCGAAAAGAAACCGCAAAAAUUAUCGCCCGCGAAAUAGAACAAGGACGAGUUCAGAAAAGAAUCCCAGCGUCUGUUCCCUUCUCGGCCACACGUCGAUCCAGUGCGGGACGUCUGCAACCUCGAGUUACGCCGAAAAGCACACCCUGAUCGCCGACAAGAAUGGCGAAACGACGCUCGGCGUGGUGUCGGUCAGUAGAUUCGGGCUGCUUGACGUGGGGAAGAAAAUUCUGCACGGGUAUAGUGGUAGUUGUAGUACGGGGUCGUCUACUUUGAGCGCAUCUUCUAAAAAAUCUUCUUCCCCAGCCAACGCGCUCCUCCUUGAGCACCCGCAGAAUUGGCAGUCGAAUUUCAACAAGGGCUGCUUUACCAAUUUCGGCUGUGGGGCGACGAGUUCCGGCGAGAAUUUGCUCCUCGUCGCCAGCAGUUCGAGUAGGGAGAAGGGCGGGCUGUUCCACCUGGAUCGCCGGGAGAACAUCGUCAGUCACUUCUACCCCAACACCGUGUUUGGCGGCGACGCCUUGCAGAACGCGCGGUCCGGCCCGCAGCUGAGCUCGCGGACGAGUAACGAGACGAUUUUGAACCUCGAGCCCCUGUUCGGCCAGUACUACGCCAUCCUCUCCUCGUGCAAAAUGCAGUCCACCGGGUACGACCCGCUGGGGUGCGGGAACACGGUGCGGGUCCUAGACGCCCGGUACCGGAAAUGUCCGGUUUUUUCGCUCCGGUUGCCGACGUUGCUGAGCUCGCACCUCUCCUGUGAGGGCGGCAAGCCGCGGAACUGGUUCGGGUCGCGGAAGCUGCCCGGGAGUCUGAAGCCGAUGGAUGGCAUGCGCUACUACGGGAUGAGCUGCAGCAAGAACAACUACGCGAUGAAUUCGAACCUCAGCCUCCUGUCCAUCUUUUCCGAGCACUGCACGCAUUUCCUGCCCUUCGACGCGCAGAGAUCGGAGUUCUAUCCCCUGGAAACCUCGUGGUGGGAGUACUGUGCGGGCGUGGACUUCCGCCCGCGAGGAGAUGGGUCCAGGGCCGGGCGGUUCUCGUGGGGCUGGGACGACGAGGACGACGGGGCUGAUCAGGCUCAUCUUGCUCGAUCUGGGUUUUCGCCUGUCUGUCUCUCCAAGUACCAGACUCUCGCGGAGACCACGUUUUCGAUACCGCGAGGAGGAGUAGAGGACAGAUUUUAUCCAAGAACAGCGGAAUCUUCUUCUGUCGCGGAGGGAAACCGAAACUAUCUCGCUCAUCAUGCGACAACAACGAGAGACGAAACUACAGAGGACGUCGUCGAAGCAGGAAAAGACGAAAAAAUCUCCGAAAAGAGCGUCGAAAUGGACAUAGUCGACUUCAACAAGGACAACUCCACCAGUUUCUUGCUGGAGCACAGCACGAUCAACAAGCGUCCUGCCGCGGCGGAAUUUUUGUCGCAGAAAAAGAAGGAGGACAAGGACCAAAAGCGGCCCCUGCCGUCUGCCGC